CAACGAUAAUUGUGAUCGAGCUUCAACAUUGCAAGAUGAGUGUCGCGCACUCAAAUAGCAUAUAGUGGCUACUGGUAGUGAAUACUCAUUUUGCGCAACAUUCGACGACAAUAUAUUUACCCAAAUUCGCGAUAGCACAUUCAAAACAAUUUCAACAAAAAUGGCCGACGAUAUUGAUGAGGAUACUCCAAUGCGAACUGAGGAGAAUUCGUCCGAUGACGACAGCGGUAGCGACAGCGAACCAAAUGACGGAGAUGGAGAUGGCGAAGGAGAAGGAGAGGUUGAAUGGAUGGUCACAUCACGACAAAAACGUUCGACUGCAGGAAAUCGAUUGAAUGCUUUACUACAACAAGAAGAACCAGAUGAUGAAUUAGAGCUUCUAUUCGCAGAAGAUGAAAAUGAAGAAGAUCAUGGAUUUGUUGAUGUGGAGGCCGAUUCUGAUGUUCAAAUGGAUUCAUCCGAUGACGACGAUGAUCAAGGACCUGCAGCCGGUGCAGAUGAUCUCGAAGGGGAGAAAGAGUUACAGCGCAAGGAAAAGGCAGAACGAUUGGCUAAAAAGCGCAAGAUGACUGAUGGCAUGCCAAAAAUAUUCAAAAAGAGAGUCAAGAUCGAUCCUACGAUUCCAUCGAAACCGGCUCCAAGACCGAAGAAAAAGUCCGAACGUGCUUCAUGGAUUCCAACUCCAGAGGAUGCGCCGACUCGAGCUUCGGCUCGUGGUACUACUCAAAAAAGUAAAGAACAAUUACACGCGCAGAUGAUAGAUAGGGAAAAGAAGAGGUUAAAGCAAUUGGCCAACAUGGAGAAAGCAGCUGCAGCAAAGGAAGCCGCAAGGAAACCGGCCAUGACGCAGGAAGAUAGAUUGGCAGAAGCCGCAAGGGUAGAGAAGAGUAAUUCCAAGAGUCUAAGUCGAUGGGAAGAAGCAGAACAACAAAGGGAAGAAGAACAGAGGUUAAAGUUGGCGGCAUUGCAUAAUAGAAAAUUGGAUGGGCCUGUUAUUACUUGGUGGAGUGGACGUGCGAUGUGGGUUGGAGGGAAAUUAAUUGCACUUGGAUCAAAGAAUCUCAAACCGGACGAACCCAAGGAAAAAUCGAAGAAAAGAAAAGCCGGAGAGAUGGAGGAAGAGAGUGAAGCUGGGUCUGUAGAACCAACUACCUUGAAAGGAGCUGCUACUCCAGGUUCGGCUACAAACGAUACGCCAAUGAGCGAUGUAAAGGACUCUACACCUGGAACCGCUUCUGGAGUCACUAAUAGUGAUGUGAAUAAAGAUGGAGUUUCGUUAAAGCAGGAAUCAAUAUCAGAUAACAUUCUACAUCCUCCUCCCCAUCCAGAAUCACAACCUACCGGGGUUCUCAAACCACCACAGCCACCGGCUAUUCCACCAUCAACUAGCAUUCUUCAACCACCAAACCAAACAUCCGGAGUUGUACCAAAUAUAAGUGGACUCCAACCACCUCAACAAACCACUGGUGCCGUUCCCCAUAUAAACGGACCUCUCCAACUUCCCCAAUCACACAACCACGCCGUUCCAUUCAUCCCCCUCCAAGCUCCUUCCACUGUCCCUCCAUUCUUCCUUCAACCUCCAUCCCUCGAUGGUUCCAAACCCCUCCCCGGUUUUCAACCUCCAAAUACAAACUAUCCUCGUUUAAUGCCUUCUCAAACAACUCCUUUCUCUUUCGCCCCUUCUCAGCAUCACUCGCCUUAUUCUCCAGCCUCAGCUCCUCUUCCACCACCUCCUCCACAACCACCUGUUACGGAAUAUUCAUUGAGGAAUUGCUUAAUUCUUACCAAUUUUAAUGAUGAUGAAAUUAAGAAUAAAGAUGUACAGACGAGGAUUCUUUUCAACCAGACAUUUCCUAAAGCUCCUACAAAAACCAAAUCACAAACCCACCCCCCACGCACCCUCUGUGCAAUAACACACUACCCCGCCAAAUUCCGCGAUCCAAAAACAGGUUUACCAUACGUAAACUCGUAUGCAUAUAAAGAGAUCCAGAAAUUAUUAAGAGGGGAAUAUCGAUGGAGUAAAUUACUCGGUGCUUAUGUUGGGAAUGCUAACGUGGCAGCGAGAGGAGUACCUGAAAAGUUUCUGAGAGGUGGUGAGAGAAAUGUUCCACCGGUGAUGGGCACCCCGGGGAUGGGAACGGGGACUGCAACAGGAACACCUGGUGUAGCAAUCGGAAAGGAUAUUCCGAUGACGGGAUAGAGUGUGAUGGUUUCGCUAUUACUCAAUGAGAUCUUAUGAGCAAGUGCAGGCGUCAGGCGUCGGGUAUUAGGAAGGGGGGAUAAGGUGGAAUACUUCUAGUUACAACUAGGUCACUAUCAGCUACCAGUUACUAGCUACUACUUACUAGCUACUACUUAGCUAACAACAGCAUAUCGCUUCUUGCUAGUUUUGAUCAUAUACUCAACUCAACUCAUCAGCUCAGCUCAGAUCAGCUAAGCGAUAGUUAUGAAUAAAUGAAUAAAUAAAUGAAUAAAUGAAUGAAAUAAGUCAAGACAUUCAGAUAUUCAGAUUAUUUGUACAUGCGGAUGGAUAUCAAUAGGUGGAUGGUUAGGUACCUAGGUUUCAUUUUAGUUGUGAUGUUAACCUUAUGUAUAC